GGAGCAACAUGUGUCAGUUUCUCUGUGUGUGUCAGAGUGCGUGUUCAUGUGUGUGUGUCAGAGUGUGUGUUCAUGUGUGUGUCAGAGUGUGUGUUCAUGUGCAUUAAACAGGGAGCAAACAAUCUGGCUGGCGGUGGCAGAUCCAGGAGGUUUUCACACCAGCAGGAAGGGGAAAUUUAGCUCAAGAGGCCGUGCUCUUCCCUGGAAUCUUUGGAAAGUGAUCCGCUCCUUGUUUUCCUGCCUGACAGUCGACCGUGUGGGCACAGGGAUCCAGACCUCCGUCACCACGGCAUCAAGACUAGAGGAAACACAGAACGGGAAGAAGAAGAGGAGGAAGAAGAACAGGACGGCUUGUUGCUGCAGCCAACAUGUCGGCGAUCCGAGGUGCAGGCGUCCUGCUGAUGCUGAGCUGCGUGCGCCUCCUGCUCUUUGCUCCAUCCCCCUGUGCAGGUGAAGGAAGCGACUGCAGCUGCAACGCUACCAACAGCCGCUGUGAUGAGUUCGGAGUCUGCAGGUGUGAUCCAGGCUGGGACGGCGCGCUGUGCCAGCGCUGCGUGACGAUGCCGGGUUGCGUCCACGGCUCCUGCCUGCAGCCGUGGCAGUGCGCGUGUCAGCCGGGCUGGGGCGGCCGAUUCUGCGACAAAGACCUCAGCGUGUGCUCCCAGCAGCCCUGCCUCAACGGCGCCACCUGUCUGCUGGAGGACAGCGGGGACUUCCGCUGCUUGUGUCCAGACGGUUUUCAUGGUCCGACCUGCCGGAAGAGGAAGGGGCCGUGUCUCCAGACAAGGUCCCCGUGUAAAAAUGGCGGCCUGUGUGACGACGCCGACGGCUUUGCGGCAGCGCUGUUGUGCCGCUGCCUCGCCGGAUUCACGGGGCCCCGCUGUGAGACCGACAUCGACGACUGCUUGCUGGGGCCGUGUGCCAGCGGCGCCACCUGUGUGGAUGGAGUGAACCGGUUCUCCUGCCUCUGCCCGGUCGGGUUCUCAGGCCGGUUCUGCACUGUCAACGUGGAUGACUGCGCCAGCCGGCCCUGCCGAAACGGCGGCCGCUGCCUGGACCGCGCCGGAGGCUUCCGCUGCCUCUGCCGGCCGGGAUUCACCGGAACCACCUGCGAAACGCCGCCGAGCCCCGCCAACGCCGGGCCGAGCCCCGCCAACGCCGGGCCGAGCCCCGCCAACGCCGGGCCGAGCCCCCCGGUCUGGACCACGCGGGCCCGGGACACUGGUCACCAUGACAACAGGAAGGUAAAGGUGACGGUGAAGGAGCGCGGCGCCGGCGGCCUGUCGGACCUGCAGCUUGUCGUUGUGUUGGUUCUGACCAGCGUGUCUGUAGGCGCGGUGGCGCUGACCGCCGCUCUGGUCCUCCACGCCCCCUGCCAACGCCGCGGCCACGCCCCCUGCCAACGCCGCGGCCACGCCCCUUGCCAACGCCGCGGCCACGCCCCCUGCUGGUCGUCCCCAUCGCGGCGCAGCAGCCAGGAACCCGCCGAGCAGCCGGAGCAGCGGAUCAGCGUCCUGAAUGCAACAGAACCACCGAAAAAGAAACUCAACAUAGAGGCCGUUUAGAGAGAGGUCAGAGGUCACAGAUCCACAUGCACUAUGACAUCAGACGUUGAUCAGAUGGUUUGCAUCAUGGAACCGGACCCGACUGGAUCAGAAUUCAUACUCAGGAAGGCGUUACCAUGACGACCAACAGGAACAUUUCUUGGAUGGGUCGGGUCGGGUCGGGUCGGGUCGGGUCGGGU